AUGGAAAAUUCCUCAACGUGUUCCUCUACUUUGGAAGAUACAUGCGUAGCAAACAAAACAUCUUUGUGGAAGAUAAGGAAGGUCUUGACGGAGAAAUGUGAAGGUUGGAUUGAUUUUGAUAAUAACAGCCAUGUUGAGAACUAUCUUUUAAACCCCUUGAAUGAAAAUAUUAAUAAAGUUAAAAAAGAAUCUAUAAAUAUUAAGAUCGACGAUUACGAUAUGGGGUGCCAGCACGAGGUGACUUUAGGGUAUAAUCAUGAAUCUGACAAAUAUUAUCUUGGGAAGAAAUAUUGGAGGAUGACGGAGCUUGAUGUUGGAGAUGAAGUUGGAUUCUUCUACGAUCCCAUUGCAAAGAAUGUGUGUUUCUCUGUGUUGAAACAAGCAGAACCUUGA